AUGAAUAGAGUAGAAGGCUCAUUAAAUAGUCAUUUAGAUAGUCUUCCAACAAGACAUACCAAAAUUAUGCUAGGUUGUAUUGUUUUAGGUAAAAAGAAUAUAUUUCCUGUUGAUUUUGAUAUAGGAAAGACCAUCAGACAUCUCAAGGAAGUCAUCAAUAAGAAAGCAAAAUUGGAUAAUCCCAGCAAGAAACAUGUAAUAUAUGAAGGAAUUGACAUCAAAGUAAAGUUUGGAGAUGAGAAACUGGACAGCGACUUCAAUACUUUUGGAGAACAUUUUGAAAGGCAACCUACUGCUAAACAUAUCCAUAUCAUCAUGAAAGUACCCGCUAUUACUGAUGCUGCUGAACAAGUAAAGCGACAAGAUAUAAAGGAUGAACUUGAAUUAGAAAGUGUAGUUUUGGACAAGAGAAUAGAAAAGACAAGCUUAGUUCGCUUUUUCUACUCCAUGAUGUUUAGCUUUUUUACCUCCCCCAAAAUGCCGAAAAGACUUUGCGAUUGUAAAUCUAAUACUGAUAAUAAACAAAAUCCUGAAUGUCCUGCACACGAAAUAUCUAAUGAAGCUAAUUCUGUAUAA